AUGUGGUUACUUAAGGUGCCUCAUAAGACUAAAGAUCUGGUGUGGAGAGCGGCUUCGAACUGUUUAGCAACCAAGGUAAAUCUCUGUAUUAAGAAGGUGUUGACUGAUAAUAAAUGUCCUAUGUGUGGUGUUUUUGCCGAAACUGAGUUGCAUCUGCUAGUAUCUUGUCAAUUUGCUUGGGUCUGCUGGGAGUUUUCAGGUUUUAAUGCAGCUGACAGAAACUCCAAUUCCCUGCUGUCAUGGCUUAGUUUCAAUGCUACUCAGAUGGAUAAUGAGAAGCUUUGCCGAGUUGUUAUGUUGUGUUGGGUAAUAUGGUCGGCCAGAAACGAUCUGCUCUGGAAGGGACAGGUUCGAAGUGUGAAAGAUGUGGUCGACUUUGCUCAAUCUAGCCUUGAUCAGUUUAUGAAAGCCCAAGGUAAAGGUAACCUACCUUCUCUGUCGCCUCUUAAACCCGGUGAUGGUUCAGAGGUUUGGAUUAAACCGGCUGAAGGUAUCAAGUUGAAUGUCGAUGCAGCGAUUUUCGAACAUGAUCUCAAGCAUGGCUUCGGGUGUGUGAUCAGGAAUACAAAGGCGAGAUGA